GGCACAUUUAGUCAAACUUCCGUUUAGCUUCUUCUCCAACGAGCUUGUUUUUGGCUGCGUAAAUACCCUUGAUAUUGUUCCUGUUUAUUCCUGUUAAUUCAGCAUUAUAUCGGCGACCAGGCAGUCAUGUCUAGUCACGAAUCCAUCAACAUGAAGCUUCCACCGAUCCAGUCCACGGCCGGAGCCGUACCGGUCCGGAACGAGAAAGGUGAGCUCUCCAUGGAGAAGGUGAAAGUGAAGAGGUAUGUGUCAGGUAAACGUCCAGAUUACGCCCCAAUGGAGUCGUCAGAUGAGGAAGAAGAGGAAUUCAAGUUUGUGAAGGUGGGAAAGGAAAUGGAGCCUGAGGUGGAGCAGGAGGAAGAGGACGUCUCCGAUCCACGCCUUAAACGUUUGCUGAAUCGUGUUUCUGAAGAUGUGGAGGAGAGACUUGCAAGACACAGACAGAUCAUGGAGCCUGAAGUUGUGGCUGAGAGCAGCGAGGACUCAGAUGAAGGCACUUGGCACCCUGAGCGUGAGGAGAGCAGCGAGGAGGAAGAGGAGGAAGAGGAAGAAGUAGAUGAUGAGGAAAUUGAGAGGAGAAGAGCAAUGAUGCGCCAGCGAGCCGUAGAAAGGAAAAACGAGGAGAUGGAAGUCAUGGAGGUGGAAGAGGAGGGGAAGUCAGGGGAGGAGUCCGAGUCCGAGUCUGAGUAUGAAGAAUAUACGGACAGCGAGGACGAAGCAGAGCCACGACUCAAACCUGUCUUCAUUCGCAAGAAGGACAGAGUCACAGUGGCGGAGCGUGAAGCAGAGGAGCAGAGGCAGAGAGAGCUGGAGGCCGAGGCCAAGAGGCAGGCAGAGGAGCGGCGGCGCUACACCCUCAAGAUUGUAGAGGAGGAGGCCAAGAAGGAGUUUGAGGAGAAUCGUCGCACCCUGGCUGCUCUGGAAGCCCUGGACACCGACGGCGAGAACGAGGAGGAAGAAUACGAAGCCUGGAAGGUCAGAGAGCUGAAACGCAUCAAGAGAGACAGAGAAGCCCGAGAAACCAUGGAGAAGGAGAAGGCAGAAAUCGAAAGAUUCCACAACCUGACGGAGGAGGAGCGGAGGGCUGAGCUCCGCAACAGCGGCAAGGUCGUCACCAACAAAGCCACAAAGGGCAAAUACAAGUUCCUCCAGAAGUACUACCACAGAGGAGCCUUCUUCAUGGAUGAGGAGGAUGACGUUUAUAAGAGAGAUUUUAGUGCCCCUACCCUGGAGGACCACUUCAACAAAACCAUCUUACCCAAAGUCAUGCAGGUCAAAAACUUUGGGCGGUCUGGACGCACCAAGUACACCCACCUGGUGGACCAGGACACCACAUCAUUCGACUCUGCCUGGGCCCAGGAGAGCGCUCAGAACAGCAAGUUCUUCAAGCAGAAGGCAGCAGGCGUGAGGGACGUGUUUGACAAGCCCACAGUGAAGAAGAGGAAGACUUAAGAUGCAGGCCACUGUGCACAGAGACUGAGCUGCAUCCAGAGUGAUUCUACCACUUUAAUCUGUUUUACCAGGAAGAUGCAGCAUCUUCGUCGAUUCCUCAAAAUCCAAGUGACAAAUUUAAGGAUGCAUCUUGGGAUGUGGAACUUAAACUGAAUUCAGUGUCAUCGCUGCUCCAGCUGAAAGCAGUGGCUUGUGAUGUAAUCUGUAAAUAGUCAGCUUGUAACUACUGUUGGUUUGAAAAAUCCUCCCUCUGACUUCCUGUUCAACCCCUUUUUCCUGCCAGUUUUGUGUAAUUAUUACAGAUAUUGUCACCUGAGUGUUUC